AUGGAUGCAUCGUCCCUGAUGGUCUUGUUGGGAGAAAAACGAGGCGGUGCUAAUUUAGAAGAUACAAUCUCCGGAGUGGUGGAAACACAACAAACACCAGAAAUAGUGACAGACAAAGAUGAAUUGGUCGUGACCACGAGUAUUCUAAGUUUCAUACUUUGGGGUCCAAAAUCUGCAGUUAUUAAUGAAAAUGACGACAACGAAUCAACUUUAGUUUGUCAUGCAUACAAUCCGGUCAUCAAAACGUUUGACCGCCAUUACGUGGAAACCAAAAUAACGUUGGAUGUUCAAUACCCUCCGAUAGUAGAGUUAAGAUUUGGAAAUCGUAUGCUGGACACCGGACGUAUUGGUCCUGGAGAUGACGUGUAUUUCGAAUGUGCGGCUCGAGCCAAUCCGUCAACUACCAUCCGUUACAGUUGGUACCAUAACGGUGUUCGGCUGACGCAAGAGACGGAGAAAAGGCGGACGGACGACGGCGAGAAAAGAGGCGAAAAGAGGAACAGCAGACUGGCUGGUCGAGUUAUACAGUACAGUCAGCUGGGCAGUUUGGUUUUGCAGUCAGUGAACACCGCUGCGGCGGGAAAAUAUUCGUGCCAGGCGACAAAUGGCAUCGACGGCGAUAGCAACGAGAACAAAACCACCAGCAAUACUGUUCGGUUGUACGUGAAACAUGUCCCGGUGUGUCAGCAUCGUGAAGAUAUUUAUAUUAUUACGAAAAAAUCCGACGCAGUCACUGGGCCAGUGAUCCGGUGUCGGGCAGGACAUGGUCAUCCACCGACCAUCGAAUACCAUUGGAAAUUCUAUCCCGAACAAUCAGAACCGGAAACCCGCAACAGAGGUCCCCUCGAGUCCAAUGAAAUGACUUUAACUGGGCGAUCAAUAAGAGAACUAGACUCAUUACUUACGGAAUCAGCUGUCCACGGCAGCGAUGGUGGAAUAUCAUAUACAUUCACCACAAGUACGCCUGUAUUAAAAUCGUAUUUAUCAGUCGUAUCGGCCGCAGCUUCUGCCUCUUCAAGCGCAGUUCGUCCAAACUUUCUUCACGGUCGGCUAGAAUGCCGAGCCGUCAACACAAUGGGAAUACAGAAUAAACCCUGCGUUUAUCGUAUUACAGAUAAGACAAUGAUCAAUCAGGGUAGUAAAGAUCUCCAAGAAAUCACUGAUUGUCGGUCAAUAUCAAAGAAAGAACUGUCCAACGAAGACUCCAAUUCAACUGUGACAUAUCCUUGCGGUGCCAAAGGGGAAGGCAUCGUCACCAGCACUAAUAGAAGAACACGAUUUUGCAUUACUUGUUCAUUGAACACGUCGUCGUUGCAGUAUCAUCAACAGCGGCCCAAUUACGUUUUACAGCUCUUUAAGUCUACACCUGGGGAUGCGCCUGCAACAGUUGUUAUUGCGUUUAAUGUGACCGGCGUUACCAUAACCGAGAACAAUAAUGGAAACGGCAGGACUAUUAUCAGCUCACAAGACGACGAUGAUUACUACUCUGAUCCCGAAGAAGAAGAUGACGUUGUGGAUAGCAAUAAAGGUGAUUAUAAUCUGGAUACUAAGAACGCAGUCCAGAGAGUGGUGUUCGUAAUCGACGACAGCGUAGAACCAGGAGUAUAUCGAGGAAGGAUUUACAAUGGUUAUGGGGGCACCAUAUCUGCUGUUAUCAAAGGAAUGAUCCACGUUGCAGCAGUGCCAUUUAACGAUAUCAAUGACAAUGACAGUUCCAACUACAUUAUUGACGACAUCGGAGAUAAGACAGACGAAUCCGCGUUGGGAUACGCGUGGCGCCGCGUCACCGUCGCGCUGGUAGACGCGUUUUCCUUGGUGUUACCACCGUCCGCCGCCGGCCCGGAACCGGACUGGGACGAGGACCGCGCCCGGCCACCGCACAAACGCUGGCGGGCCACGUCUGCCGCCCUAACGGCCGUUCUUGUGGCCGUGGUCGCGGCGCUGUCUUGCGGCAUAUGCGGCGUGGUCGCGAUACUGUACCGCCGCCAGAAUUACGGCCACCGUCGCGGCGACCGUGGCCACGUCGCGUACGGACUCGGAUGCGACGGAGGAGGUGUCGACAGCGCUGAUGGCGGUGACGCCCAAGAAGGUACCGGAAAAACCGUGAUUGUCGGGCGGCUGAAGGCUACGGACGACGCACCACCGGCCACCGACGUCGACGGCGCGCGACCACAGCACCACAACCAGCAGCAGCAGCAACAGCGCCUGCUACAACAGCGACAGCAACAGCAGCAGCAGCAGCAGCAACAGCGACAGCGACAACUGCAACAGCAACUGCAGCAGCAACAGCGACGACUGCAACAAACGCCGAUCGCCGGGUCCGAUGACGCCCGUUCCGGGGCUUGCACGCCCCUACUGCACGCGCAACCGUUGUCUCGCAGGGUGCAGUACCCGGCGAGACCGGAAGCGGCAGGUCGACCGCUGUCCGCCACGUUUCCGGUUUCUUGCGCACCAGACGACGACUACGAUGACGACGACUACGACGCCACCGCACUACGUCUACGUGCGACUGACACGUCCACCGUCAAUUACAACGCUGCGACCGUCGAUCACCGCGACGACGGUAGAGGGCCGGACGUCGUAAUGUCGACGGCCACGACACUACAUCUGGCCGAUACCGAUAGGUCAGGUGGUAACUGGCCACAGAAAGAUCAACCACCACAAACAAAAUUCAGUACCACGAACAGCAACCACAAAUGGUCGUUAAACCGACUUCCGUAUCAAAAACCAAAUACAACUACUAUUUCAAGGGCCAAAUUUACAACGACCUUAACACCAACAGCAGCUGCAAUCUUAACAAAUAAACAUACCAUAUCUAAAACAAUCAAGCCGGUAAUAGAUGAACCUAUAUCGGUAUCAUCUCGGGUGUUAUUAAAUGCGCUUCAUCGAGAGUCAUCCAUCUAA